AUGGGCUCCUUACCCACACCGCUGGCUUUGGCCCCGGUGGCCCUGGCACUACUUGCAGGCAGCUGGCGCACGGAGUGCGACAUCGAGGGCAUGGACGUGCAGGUGGUCAUGCAUGGCAUUGGGGAGCCGACAGACCCCCACAGCAGCAUCUGCCGCGUGGCGUGGCUGAACCACGCGGACCUGCAGCGCGUGAGCGCGGGGGACCUGCAAGGCCAGAUCGACUACCUCUUCACAGACUCGCGCUCCUACGUGCCCUUCCGUGGGCGCCAUGGCUCCGUCCUCUACAUGGAGAACAUUUCUCAGUUUCAAGUGCCCCAAGAUCUUGACCUCGUCAUGCAGGAGAAGACCCAACUGCUCUCCGUGCUCAUGCCACCGCGAGACAGGUGGGAUGAGCUGGCGGAGGAGAUUUACCGCCAGGCCAUGGCGGCCAUCCCGGAGCACGUGUUCAUCGAAGACGGAAGCCCGGAGACCGAGGCAGCUGCCUUCCAGCCAUAUCGGUUUUGUAUAUUGCCAGAGGAGGACUCCACGCGUCACGCCGUCUCGCCGCUCUUCGUGCGUAGCCUGGCGUAUCACACGAUCGCGGUCUUCAAUGGCUUCGUCGAAGUGGGGGCAAUGGUCUUCAACGCCAUCGCAGACUACGAGCCGGAACCCUUCGACCUAAUGGAGACCCUUGAAAACUUAAACAGGAUUAACAAGCAGCUGGGUGCGCUCUGGCACUAUCAGCGCAUCAUCCAGGACCAGGUGCAGUACAGGUACAACAGGCCCUUCGAGGAGAAGCUCUACAGCCAAGCCUGCACAAUGUGCCGGCUUCUGGUCGACCUGCCAGACACCAAGCUUCCACUGGUCUUCAUUGGCAUCUACUCUGCCCGGAAAAAUUUCGAGAAGCGUCAGGCUGUCAGGGAUACCUGGGGCCGACUCCUGCGGGAGCACUUUGGUGUCCGCUACCGCUUCUUCCUCGGCGAAGGCAGCGCGGGCGCCUCCUUAGAGGAGAGGCGGAUGCGGCAAGAGCUGGACGAGCACAACGAUCUCGUUUUCUUGCCCGUGACGGAGGGCUACCGCAUGAACUCCCGGAAGGGCUUGCUGUUCCUGGAGUGGAUCGCGGAGCGCGCCGAGGCAGAAUUCCUGCUGAAGACGGACGAUGACGUCUACCUGCGCCCGGCGCCUCUGCUGAGGCAGCUAGAGAGGCGGAUCCCGGCGCAGUAUGCCUGGGCAAUUUUUGACUACAUCAGCCCUGUGCCGAGGGACGAAGACGAUAACUUCUACAACACGGAAGAGGACUUCCCCUUCCCGGUCUUCCCACCGUACCCGCGGGGCGUUGUGCGGGUUCUUUCCAUGGACGUCGUCCGGCUGCUGGCCAAAGCAAGCCAGGAGGGCCGGCUGCGCAUGGUAUAUGGUGACGACCCAUGCAUCGGGGUGCACCUGCGACAGCUCCUCUUCGACGGGGCGGAGCCGCUGCCGUCCCUGACGCUGGAUGAUUUUGACAACAGGGUUUUUGCCAUGGAGCCCAGCUGCCACCACAACCUCUGGUCCAAGAUGACGAACCGGACUUGGGCGAUCCAUCACGUGAAGCCUGAGCAAAUCCUGUGCAUGUGGUCCGCGGACAUGGCGGCCGGCUACUACGAAGACAGUGGUGAAGCAGGCCUCCGUGUGGAUGAGGAUCGGGAGCUCAACGAGUUUCCAGACCUUUGUAGUUGCGCCACGGAUGAGUCUUUCUUCGAACGCAGCGACUUAGACAGGCUGAAAGCAGAGACACAGCGAGUGCUCGACGACGAUCAGGAGUGA